ACCUUGGUUGCUAGGUUAUCCUCGCGAAAAACAUUCCAUCCUAAAAUCACUUUCCCUUCUCUUUACCUUUCUUAAAUCCAGCCUACAAAAAUAUUCUUACUCAAAUUCAACAAACGUUACUCCUGGGUUUUUAUUAUGUAGGGCAAUACUUGUCGCCACUCCUUCCUCGUCGCGUCACACGGAUCGAUAAAUUGCUGCCUGGGCUUAGGGCGCUAACUUCACAGUAUGAAGUCGAUUUCAUUUCUCUAACUGGAGCUUCCGAGGGACCAAGGCCUGAGUCGAUUCAGGCCGGUGAGGGUGCACCAGGGACGGGCAGGAGGGAGGGCGGUGCCGGGAAGAAGGAUGCAGCAUCCUGCUAGUUAGAGGGACAACCACUGAUGACUGUUCACGUUGAUCGACUGUGGGAAGGAACAUGGCCGGUAAGGUGAAGUGGGUGACAGAUAUUGAGAAGUCAGUCCUUAUCAAUAACUUUGAGAAGAGGGACUGGGUUCAAGUGACGGAAAAUGACGACUGGAAUUUCUACUGGAUGAGCAUCCAGACCAUCCGCAAUGUGUUCAGCGUGGACACGGGCUACCGUCUGACUGACGAGCAGAUGGUCAACCACUUCCCCAACCACUACGAGCUGACCAGGAAGGACUUGAUGAUCAAAAACAUCAAGCGCUACCGCAAGGAGCUGGAGAAGGAAAGCAACCCGCUGGCCGAGAAGGACGACAACGGCAAAUACAUCCAUCUCGAUUUCGUCCCGGUGACGUUCAUGCUCCCGGCCGAUUAUAAUCUCUUUGUCGAGGAGUUCCGCAAGAACCCGUCCAGUACGUGGAUCAUGAAGCCGUGCGGGAAGGCGCAAGGCAAAGGCAUCUUCCUCAUCAACAAACUGUCCCAGAUCAAAAAGUGGUCGCGGGACAGCCGCACAUCCACGUUCAUGGCGCCCUCUAGUGGCAAGGAGGCCUACAUCAUCUCCUUAUACAUUGACAAUCCGCUUUUGAUUGGAGGGAAAAAGUUUGACCUGCGUCUCUACGUGCUGGUCACCACGUAUCGGCCGCUCAAAUGCUACAUGUACAAGAUGGGUUUCUGUAGGUUCUGCACGGUGAAGUACACGCCGAGUACAAGUGAGCUGGACAACAUGUUUGUGCACCUUACCAACGUGGCCAUCCAGAAACAUGGAGACGACUACAACCACGUCCACGGUGGAAAGUGGACGGUGAGUAAUCUGCGUUUGUACCUGGAGAGCACCAGGGGAGAGGAGGUGACCAGUCGCCUCUUUGACCAGAUCCACUGGAUUGUGGUGCAGUCCUUAAAGGCAGUGGCUCCCGUGAUGAACAAUGACAAGCAUUGUUUUGAGUGUUACGGUUAUGACAUCAUCAUCGAUGACAAGCUCAAGCCAUGGCUCAUUGAGGUGAACGCAUCGCCCUCACUGACGUCCAGUACGGCCAACGACCGCAUCCUCAAGUACAACCUCAUCAACGACACCCUCAACAUCGUCACGCCCAACGGCGAGAUGCCGGACAGCCGCUGGAACCGAAGCCCGCCGAGAGACGCCCUGGGGAACUAUGAACUUCUGUAUGACGAAGAGCAGGCGCAGAGCGACAGCGCCGAACUGCGGAGCCGCUCGGGUCAGUCGCUGGGGUCAAAAGGCGCCAAGGGCAGCGGCGUCAAUAGCGGGACCGCCCGCUCCGCUGCGGCCACCUGGAAGUGAUGCACUUUUUAACAAUAACGCUCAACAUGGAUUCAAAAGAAAUACUUUUGUAUGUUAUUACAUUGUAUUGUGCCUCGUUUUGCCUACAACCGCUCUUGUAGAAUGUCAUUUUAUUUGCCCACUAGCAAUGCAUAUGGUUUAUAAAAUUAAAAUAUUUGCUGAAUUGCUCAAUA